AUGAAUAACAAACAUUUUCCUCCGACUGACAGCCAUUUGGAAACACCAUUGUCUACCUCGGAACAAGAGAAUAAGCCUCCGGUAUUCCUUCAUUACCUUGCUCGAAGCAGGAAGGCUAUAUUCCUGGGACCUUGGCCUUUUUCUCACCUUAUGCUCUGGUUCGUGGCUACCAGCAAACAGCCAGGAUACCAUUAGCAUGGCCUUGCAGCCUCCAAGCUCCUGUGGUGCUUGUACCUUCUGGCCCUCAUGUCCCUCCUGCAGCAGGUAUGGGCCCCUCCCUACAAGGUUCGUGUGGCAGGCCUCUGGACUUGUGAUCCUUUUUUUUCAAAAGCUCUGCCUGAGGUUGCUGCUCAGUUACAAUUAUUCGCUAUUGUACCACAAGAGUCCUAUCCCCAUCUCUUUUCAUCAGCCCCGGUGGGCCACUCUUUUGAAUAGGUGAUUGUCAGUGAGGGUGGCCAGACUUCCAGGGCCCUCUUCAGUUCCAUUUCCCACCACCAGAUGGCCUCAGGAUUUAUUGGACCCCUCCUCAGAAACAGCUGGGACAAAGGGAUUUUCUCUUGGGCCGGUGUGAAUUAUGAAUUAAACAAUAAAAAUAGCUACCUGACCUUUCCUUGGACUCUCCUUUCUCCAAUCCAAGUGCUGGUAACCGUCAUGAGAUAUUUCUAGUGGGCUUAUGGUUGAGUCAUGUCCUCAGAUAAAAACAUUUGGGCGCAUACAGCUAAUUGGGUUGCAAAUGCCCUUCUGAACCACGGCCUGCCUGUAGGGGUCGUCCUGACCACAGGACAAGACAGCCAUAGCAGUUUUAAAGCUCUCCAGAGCCAGGCAGACAGAAUUCACAUAAUCAUCAUGUGUAUACAUUCAGCCUUGAUUAGGGAAGAGACUCUGAGGCAUCUUUUGGAAUGGGCUCAUGAUAUGAAAAUGAUCGAUGGAACCUGUAUAUUUGUUCCCUAUGAUGCCCUACUCUACAGUUCACCUUAUAAGCACACCCCCUACCAGAUCCUGAGGAACAUUCCAAAGCUCUGGGAGGCCUAGGAUGCUGUGUUGACCACUACAGUGGAGCCUCAUGAAAAGACCUUCUAUCAAGCCUACAUAGAGGCAGCUACAGAAGGUGAAAUUCCCAAGCAGCUGGAAGAAGAUCAGGUUUCACCGUUGUUUGGAACCAUCUACAAUUCAAUUUACUUUAUCGCACAAGCCAUGAAUAAUGGACAGGCUAGGACUGCCAGCCUGGUUCAGCAUUCCAAAAACAUACAGUUCUAUGGAUUCAACCAGUUGAUAAGGACAGAUUCAAAUGGAAUUUCUGAAUGUGUAAUUCUGGACGCCAACUGGAAAGAAUGGGAACUUCAUAGUACCCACACUGUGGACAUGGAAAUGGAGCUGCUAUGGUUUGGAGGGACCCUUUACUUCCCUGGUGUCAGGUCCCCUCGAGCAGAUGCAAAAUGCUGGUUUGCAGAAGGGAAGACCUGCCAAGGAGGCAGCGGCCCUGCCUUUGCUGUGAUUUGCCUUGCUUUGCUUAUAGCCCUUCUGUCUAUUAAUGGAUAUGCUUACUUUAUAAGGCGUUGUAUUAACAAAAUCCAGUUGAUUAAAGGACCCAACAGAAUUUUACUUUUGGAGGAUGUGACAUUUGUCAAUCCCUAUUUUGGCAGUAAGAUAGGCAGUUGUGACGAUGUAAGCUUCCAGAUCACCUCAGAGGUCCAAAGUGGGAGGUUCCCAAGACUUUUCUUUUCUUCAGGGAGUCUAGCUCCAGCUAUAGAUGAAAACUCCAACAUAGCGAUUUAUGAGGGUAACUGGGUAUGGCUGAAAAGGUUCCCCUCUAGAGAUUUUGGAGACAUUAAGUCCAUCAAAUCAAGUGUAAGUGAUGCAUUUGAGUUGCUGUGAACAGCCCCUGAACUAUUGAGAGCCUCAAGGGGCAACAGGUUUGGCUCUUUUGCAGGAGCUGCCAUCAUCAUGCAAGGAGUGAUGAUCCAGGGCAUCCCCUUCUGCAUGAUGAAUUAGUCUGCUAAAGAAAUCAUAAAUAGACUUAAGAAGCCUCGUCCUGUGUAUACAGUGGUCACAUCUGAAUUCGUACCUCCAGAGUUUUUAAAACAACCUUGGGCUGAGGUUGCAGAACAACAGCAAACUUUUGAUGAAAUAUUUAAUCAGUUAAAAACCUUUAAUAAAGGGAAGAAGACCAAUAUCAUUGACUGUAUGCUUCGAAUGUUGGAGCAAUAUUCUAGCAACUUGGACGAUUUGAUCCAGGAGUGGACUGAGGAGCUGGAAAUUGAAAAACAGAAAACAGAGAAGCUUCUAUCACAGAUGCUACCACCAUCAGUUGCUGUAUCACUCAAAACAAUAGAACCUGAGAGCUUUGACUUGGUCACUUUGUACUUCAGUGACAUUGUGGGCUUCUCUACCAUCGCAGCCAUGCGUCCACUGGAUCUUCUGAAAGACCUGUGCUUUUUGAUGUACAUUGGUAGUCAUAAUGUCUACAAGAUAAGUCAAUUAUCAGGAAAAUAUAUUCCAGAGUGA